AAAACAUCUCUUUUCUUUUCUCUUCUUUCAUAUUACAAAGCAAACAAACGAACAAGGUUGUUUCCUCUGCUUCUCCAAGUGUUAAUGUUCACCUUUGAUGAUAGCAGCAACAACAAUGGAAACUGAAUCACUUAUGAGGGGUGACAAACUCAUUCUGAGGGGAUUAAUGUUCCAUGGUUUUCAUGGUGUGAAUCCAGAAGAAAGAACACUAGGUCAGAAAUUCUUGGUAGAUAUAGAUGCUUGGAUGGAUCUUAGAGCUGCUGGUAAAUCUGAUAACUUGUCAGAUUCGGUUAGCUACACAGAUAUAUACCGAAUAGUAAAGGAAGUUAUUGAAGGGCCACCUCACAACCUUCUGGAAUCAGUGGCUCAAAAGAUUGCAAACACAACUCUAACCAAUCACCAUCAGAUAUCUGCUGUUAGGGUUCUAGUUGGAAAACCCCAUGUUGCAGUUAUGGGUCCAGUUGAUUACUUAGGAGUUGAGAUUCAUAGGUUCAGGAGUGAUGUAGCAAACUAGAAUUUAGUUUGAUUUUCAGUGUUGAAUAUUUUGUAACUCUAACUUUGUCUUUUCAUCAUUACAUUGAACUUCCAAGAAUUCUUGGUUAGAUAAGACUUGGUUGUUAUUGUUUCAAACACAAAGACAGCUAUGGUUUUAAAUUUAAUCUCUACUUGA